CUUCUUAUUUAAGAUAUAUACUGACUCUUUGUGAAUAAGAAGAAUAUUCGUAACUAUGGAUUCCUCUAACUUUCAAAGAAACAAGAAUUCUCUUUCCACUGUGAUCCGUUUCUUUAAGAUUGUCCUCAGAAAAAGUCUUGACAAUGGAUAUCUUAAAAUGCCAAACAAGUUCUGUAGGAAAUAUGGUGGAGAUAUGCCAAAUCCAGUGAAACUCCUGCCUCCAGAUGGCACUGAAUGGAGAAUAGAUUGGACUAAUCGUGAUGGUGAGAUUUUGUUUGACAAGGGUUGGAAAGAGUUUGCUACAUUUUACACUUUGGAGAAUGGUCAUGUGUUGUGGUUUGAGUACAACGGAACUUCUAACAUCAAAGUAAACAUAUUCGACAUGACUGCCCUCGAAAUUGAUUAUCCUUCCAAUGGUCGAAUCGGUGAUGACAACUCGGUUGAGAUUUUGGAUGAACCGCCGCCACGAAGGGACCGAGGCCGGCCGAAGAAAAAAGUGAUAGCAGAACCAAAGCAAUCACGUGCUUCUACAAGCAAAAAAAUGAAAAGUGCCAUCAAAACUAAAGAUAAAGAUAAAAAUCCCAAUACACAAAACUUGAAGCUGCAUGUCGAGAAUGAAAAAGAUGGUCAAUCUGAAGAGACAGCAGAUCUUAAGCUGCCAAUAAUUCAAGGUGCCAGACCAGAUAUGGAUGUUGUUAGAGAAGCAAAGAAGUUCAAGUCGAAAAAUCCUUCUUUUGUCAUCAAGAUUAAGCAAAAGCACCAAACAGGUUUACCAGCAAAUCUUCCAGUUUGUUUCUUCAGGAUGUACUUCGAGAACACUAAGCAGUAUGCAAUUCUACGAGUUGGAAAGAAGCAGUGGCAUGCAACAUUGAUCCAUUAUCCAAAUAGGAAGAAUGCCCUUAUCUCUCAUUGGCGCUUGUUCGUUGAAGAAAAUAACUUAAAAGCCGGAGAUGUUUGUAUCUUUGAGCUCGUUAACAGACAAGGUCCAGAACUUAAGGUUCAUAUUCGUCGAAGCCAUGAUUAGCGAAUGGCUUUGCUUACUUGUGUUGCAGAUCAUGGUGUAUGUUCAGGGAUCAAGAGUUGUAAAAGAGUCAUAGUUUUCACUUUUCAUCGUACUUAAUGGUUGCAUUGCAGUGUUAUCUCCUUGCUACCAUAACUAGAAAUAAGUAAUCUAUGCAGAAACAACACAUGUAGAAUUAUAUAUUAUUGGUAGUAUAAGAUGUUAUUUGGAUCCUAUUUCACUCAUCCUCCCCAAUCAAUAGUUGCCCAACUACUUAUUUUCAAAGCAAUUUAUGGUUUGGAUCCUAUUUCACUAUUUCUC